GUUCAAUAGAAUUUAAUUUUUUUAUACUUCCUUUGCUUCCAGUCUUUUAAAUACAAUUCUUUAGGGAGAAUUAGCAAAUAUUCAUUCUGAACGUUGAUUUCUCAGGAACAGAGUAGCUGGGAGGAAAGAGAAAGCAGAGGGGUGACUUUCCAUGCCCCAUGAAAGAGUGAGCAUACAUUAUUUUGUUUGGGGCUGUGAGCUAAGGUUUCUUCUAAGGCAUGUGAAUUGUAAAGUUCUGAUUUGUCAACUGCAUGCUGUUUCUUUAGGCACUGAUGUAUGAAAUCCCUCACGAAUUCUCCGAUGAGCAUACUGCUAAUUGCUUCUCCACCUGCUCUCCAACCUCCUCCACCCCACCCCCUCCACUCCCAAUUCAGCCUGUAAGUGUCCGUCAUUGGAGAUGGAUGGUGACACAUGCAGUAAUAGCAAUUCAUAAAAGCCAGUUCCAGCCCUUGUCUUUAAACCUCCUGGAUUUUCCACUGCCUGCUUUUGUGUAAGUGAAGUGGAUGGAAGUGCUACUGGCAUCAGAAUCCACCUCCCUAUGCUCCGUUGCAAGAGCUCAGUUGUUCGGCUGAAGCUGAGCUGAACAGAAGCAUUGGAUCUGAGCUGAAUUGUGGCUGUUUUUUCUUCCCCACCCCCUGGAUGGAGGGGUGGGUUAGGGGUAGUGUGUAGUGGGAUUUGGGGUGCUUUGGCUUUUCUUUUUGUAGGGAGAAGAGGGUAAGAAUAACUCACAGGAUACAACGUAAAACAGUUCUCUGAAGAGUGACACAAUGUUCCUGGUACAAUAUACAGCUGAUAAUAGUAGAACUCUGAAUGUGGAGUCCACUGCAAUGACACUACCUAUGUCUGAUCCAACUGCAUGGGCCACAGCAAUGAAUAAUCUUGGAAUGGCACCAAUGGGAAUUGCCGGACAACCAAUUUUACCUGACUUUGAUCCUGCUCUUGGAAUGAUGACUGGAAUUCCACCAAUAACUCCAAUGAUGCCGGGUUUGGGAAUAGUACCUCCACCAAUUCCACCAGAUAUGCCAGUAGUAAAAGAGAUCAUACACUGUAAAAGCUGCACGCUCUUCCCUCCAAAUCCAAAUCUUCCACCUCCUGCAACCCGAGAAAGACCACCAGGAUGCAAAACAGUAUUUGUGGGAGGCCUGCCUGAAAAUGGGACAGAGCAGAUCAUCGUGGAAGUGUUUGAGCAGUGUGGAGAAAUCAUUGCUAUUCGGAAGAGUAAAAAGAACUUUUGUCACAUUCGCUUUGCUGAGGAGUAUAUGGUGGACAAAGCACUUUAUCUGUCUGGUUACCGUAUUCGCCUAGGCUCUAGCACUGACAAGAAAGACACUGGCCGGCUCCAUGUUGAUUUUGCACAAGCUCGAGAUGACCUGUAUGAGUGGGAAUGUAAGCAGCGUAUGUUAGCAAGAGAGGAGCGCCAUCGUAGAAGGAUGGAAGAAGAAAGAUUGCGCCCACCAUCCCCACCCCCAGUGGUCCACUAUUCAGAUCAUGAAUGCAGCAUUGUUGCUGAAAAACUGAAAGAUGAUUCCAAAUUCUCUGAAGCUGUGCAGACCUUGCUCACCUGGAUUGAGCGAGGAGAGGUGAAUCGCCGCAGUGCCAACAACUUCUACUCCAUGAUCCAGUCGGCCAACAGCCACAUCCGCCACCUGGUGAAUGAGAAAGCUGCCCAUGAGAAAGACAUGGAAGAAGCAAAGGAGAAGUUCAAACAGGCCCUUUCUGGAAUUCUCAUUCAAUUUGAGCAGAUAGUGGCUGUGUAUCAUUCCGCCUCCAAACAAAAGGCAUGGGACCACUUCACAAAAGCCCAGCGUAAAAACAUCAGUGUUUGGUGCAAACAAGCUGAGGAAAUUCGCAACAUUCAUAAUGAUGAACUAAUGGGAAUCAGGAGAGAAGAAGAAAUGGAAAUGUCUGAUGAUGAAAUAGAAGAGACAACAGAAACAAAAGAAACUGAAGAAUCAGCCUUAGUAUCACAAGCAGAAGCUCUGAAGGAAGAAAAUGACAGCCUCCGUUGGCAGCUCGAUGCCUACCGGAAUGAGGUAGAGUUGCUAAAGCAAGAACAAGGGAAAGCCAUCAGAGAAGAUGACCCAAACAAGGAGCAGCAGCUGAAACUCCUGCAACAAGCCCUGCAAGGAAUGCAACAGCAUCUAUUCAAAGUCCAAGAUGAAUACAAAAGGAAAGAAGCUGAACUCAAAAAAUCAAAGAUGACAAGCUACAGGUGGAAAAAAAUGUUGGAAAAUAUCAAAGAAAAGGAAAGCUGUGCUUCUAGAUUGUGUGCAUCAAGCCAGGAUAGCGACUACCCUCUUGAGAAGACCCUGAACAGCAGUCCAAUCAAAUCUGAACGUGAAGCAUUGCUAGUGGGGAUUAUCACCACAUUCCUUCAUGGUCAUCCAUUUGGAGCCAGCAUUGAAUACAUUUGUUCCUACUUGCACCGUCUUGAUAAUAAGAUCUGCACUAGUGAUGUAGAAUGUCUCAUGAGUAGACUCCAGCACACCUUCAAGCAGGAAAUGACUGGAGUUGGAGCGAGCCUGGAAAAGAGAUGGAAAUUCUGUGGCUUUGAGGGCUUGAAACUGACCUGAAUCCCUUCGCUUAACAACUUGGGAUCCUGAAAACAAACGUGUGUUGGACAAGCUUAGAAAGUGAUUUGUAUUUUCAAUGGUUUUUAAGUGGAAAUUGCUUUAAAUUUGUCAAUUCAUUCCUGGAUAAGGAUCCUAGAACAGCACCUCGAGCUACAGGCCCUAAAAAGAAAUUGACUCAAACCUCAAGUGCUGUAACUUCCUCCCCUUUUUGUCAAUUGGUUGUCUUUUUUUAUUAAUAGUAUUGAAAAAGUCCUGAGGCUGAAAAGUGGUUUCGGGUAUUUUCUGUGUCUAUACCAUAGUUGUAUACUCAGGUAUUUUUUUAAACACUGUUAACUGAAAUGUUUUAUUUUGUGUGUGUGAUUUCUGUUGCAAAACUUCUUGUCACAUUAAUAUCGCUACUGGUGAGAAGAAGGAGAGGAGCACUAGGUACUCUGUAUAACUGACAUUGUCCUUGCAGCCCCCAGUAGGCCAAUAAAUGAAGAACAAACACAUCAGUGUCUUCUAGAAGGUGCUUGACCACAUUCACCUUUUAAAAGAAAAAGCAUGGUUUGUGGCUUUUUGCGAAAUUACUAUGAACCAACGUUAAGAAAUGUUCCAAAGUUAUUUUCUCUGGUAUAUCAGAUAAAAGGUCUAUUUCAGAAUUAAAAAAAAAAAUCUAGAUGUAUUUGCAGAAAGUAUCCUGUAUGAUUGGCAUGUCUGUGCUAUUCAGAAUCAUCUUGUAAAUAGUCUGCUUUUAAAGAAGGGCAUGUUUAGUUUUCUAUGAAUUAAGACACAGACACACACACACACACACACACCCCUGCACUCACAUUAGCAGAAGGGAUUUAUUUUAAUAUUCUUUCCUCUCUGGCCUUCUUAAAAACUCUGUUGUUCCCUCUUCUUCUGACGUCAGUGUAUUGAAUUGCAAACUGUAUACUGCUAUAAAUACUAUGUUUACUUCAUUCCGAAUGUUUGCAAAGAGUUGAUAUAAGUAUUAAUAAGAAUGAGUAUUAAUAAGAAUGGGCCACAUUGUGUGAGGCUUCUUGCAAAUAGUUCAGUACUACCUGGGGUGCUCUUUCCUGGGGACACCUCCAAUUCUGUGGUACCCAUUAGAAGAGUGCAAAGACAGAGUGUGAGUGGACAAGUCAGGAAGUUCUGUGUGGUAGAAAAGAAGAGGAAAUGGCAAGGGUUUGGGGCUAAUAUCCUGAUACAGAUUUGAUCUUUUUGAGUGUAUGGUGGUGAUGCAUAUAGUAACAUAAGCAUGACCUCCCUUAAGUCUCUAUUCAAAAUCAGAGAAUGAAAUGAGUAAGCAAAGCCAAUGGAGAGUAUUUCAGGAAAAUACUUUGUAAAUGAGAUGUCAGUAGUGUUCAAAGUUGUAUUUUUAAAAGAUAAAUAUUCCUUUUCUAUACCUUAUUUUUGUUUUCUAUUUUGAAUAAUUUGCUCUCUAAGUAAUCCUUCAGUAGGUCAUCUCAAUUUCUUCCUUUGGGUUACCAGGAUGUUGGAAGAUGAUGCUAAACCUGUCUUGGCAACUAGAAAUAGGAUUCCACAGCAGCUCAUUCAUGCUGAAAGUUGGCUUCCCCCUCAAACACACAGCUGAGGCAUCAUCAGGAAGCCAGGGUUAUUUUUACACUGAAACCUCUGUCACCAAUACUACAGAAGGCUUUGAUUCAUUGGUCACAGGGGCUCCUGGAAUGCCUUAUAUUACUAGUAUCUGUGAAAUCAAGGUGAAUUUUCCACUUAAUUAUUCCUUAUUUAAAUGAGUUAAAUAAAAUGAAAUUUUAAAGCAACAACGGCCAUACCCAAACACUUUGCUCUCUUUCACUUAAUCUAUUUGUACUACAGAUUGUUUCUAUUAUUAGUCCAAGUGCACUCCGUUCAACCUGCUUAAUUACACUAGUCCAGGAUUGUUAUAAUAUAUAAAAAUAGAAUAUGUUUGCGUUAUAUCGCAUACUCAAAUUGUGGUACAUACCAUCUCACGAAGUCCUUUCCAUUCACCAAAAAAAUCUGUGAAUGAAACUAUUUUUCCUUGCAAAUUUCCAAUGUUUUUUAUGGUUCUGUUGUUGCUCCAGAAUUUUGAAAUCUUACUGUUUUGUUGUUUUUAUGAGAUACAGUAGUUAGAUUUUUCCAGAUAAUAGUGAAUAGACACAUUCUUUUAUUUUAUAAAUGGUUGUUUCAUCUCCCUUCCUAGUCCUGUGACCUCUCCAGUUUGAGUUUCUCAGUAUUACCUAGUUGCUUGUUAAAUGUCUCAAUGCAAAUGAAAAAACUAUUUUUCAGAAAAAAAAUAGACACAUAUCUAUAUUCAAGUCAUAGAUUUUUUAAAAAAAUUUAGGCCCAAAUAUGUACCCUUUGUGUAUAAUGCAGAAUAAACUGCACAGGAUAGAUACACAAGACCUUCUGACCCAUCUGGUAGACCUAUGUGAACCCUUGGGUUUCUCAGCUGUCCCCAGACAGUCCAUUGGAUAGACCUCAUUUCACUUUUCACCACAAUUGCAACCAUCUUUUGAGCACCUACUGUGCCAUCAUGCUGCCUAAAGUCACUUCCUGCCUAUCUGUCUUUAGGCAAGUUACACAAACACAAUGAAAGCUUCAGUUUCCUUGUAGGUAAUAUUAAGGAGAAACAGUACUCACCUCACAGAGUCAUCAUAAAGCUUAAACAAGGUAACAUCUGUAAAUUGUCCAGGCCAGUGGAACAAUAAAGAGUUAUAAUUAUGAUUAUAAUUCAGCUAAAAUUAACUAUGUCAUCACCUUAUCCUCAUUUUAAAAAUGAUUUUUGUGUUCACACCUAGAUUGGUGAGCUACCUCAUAUUGCUGGGCCUCAAGAAAUGAAAUUCAACUGUACAAAUGUAUCCCAAAUAUUUACUGUAUUCCAGAUGCUGCCAGGCUUUGGAAUACACUGUGGGAUACAAAAGGACUGUGGCUGGUCCUUGUCCUCAAGGAGCUAGAAGGGUAGUCUUUAACAUACUGAACUUAAAUCCUUCAUCAUUUAGGCAAAAUCCAUAAAAGGUCAGAGUGAGAAUGUUCAGUGUUAACCAACCACGGAUAAUGUAGAUACAGUAGUAAUGAGGUCUUGCUCUUGAGACCUGAAUUGUCUUUGCCCCACCCCCACCCCCCUCAACCUGUCCGCAGAGUGUAAGCUCCAGGAGAGUACCGUCCUCUUUGUCUUCUUCAUUGCCACAUUCCCAUAACCAGGUGCAUUGUAGGUGCUCAGUAAGUGUUUGUUAAAUGAAUAUUUGAGUAGCACUCUAUACAAAGAACUUUCCUGUGCACUAAUAAUAAAAACUAAUGUUGAUUAGCGAUUCCUAUUUACCAGGAAAUAAAUGCAUAUGUAUGUGCGCAUGUAUGUAUGCAUGUAUGCGUAUAUAUAUACAUAUAUAUAUGUAUAUGUAUAAAAUCAUUAAUUUGCUACAACUGUGAAAGGUAAGUGGUAUUAUCCUAUGUUUCAGCUGAGAGUCAGAGACAUAAAGUAACUUGCUUAAGUUUCUAAGCGAUAGACAUGAGAUUUGCAUCUUGGUCUGUCUGACUGCAAACUCAAAACUCUUUCUACUGCUCCAAUAUUUCACUUAACCUUCAUAUCAACCUAAUUAUAAAUAUUACUAUAAAGCCCACAUUAUUCAUUCAAGUGCCAUUAUAGAGCACCUAAUGCGUGCAAGCUUUAUACCUAGAAAUUCAAAGCUGAAUUAAACAUGGUCCCUUCCCUCAAGAGUUUACACACUGGUAUGGAUGCCUGCUAAGUGAUACAAUCAUGUACAAGUUGCUGCAGGAGGAACCUCAUGAUAUUAGGAAGCUUGAAUAUGGAUAAGAGAAGAAAACAGGCUCAGAAAGGUUAAAUUACUUGCCCAAGGUACACAACAAGUAUGUGGCAAAGCCCAGGAUUUGAACCCACGUCUGCCUGGCUUCAACUUGUGUUGUUUGUAUGGAGUCAUGGUGCCCAAGGGCACAUUCUGACUGAAACCUAAAACAAGUUACUUAACCUCUCCAGGCCUUUGUUUCUUCAUCUCCACAGCAGGAAUCUAAUUAUACUUCACUCAAAGGGUUGUUAAGAGCAUUUUCUCAAUGUAAAGUGCCCAGUACUAUGCCUGGCAAAGUAAAUGCUUGAUAAAUAGCUCAAAUUAUUAUCAACUAAUAGUCAUAUUAACAAUGCCCUAAUGACACCAGAGCUACCUUUCUAGUUUUGAGGAUCCCAUAAGACCACACUUAAGGGUACACCCUUGAGGGUAACUAUGGAGACCUGCUGGCUCAGAGAAAUUCAGGAGAUUUUACUUCACAAUGCUCAAUCAGAGGUAGGUAAUGUCUUGGUCCAAGCCUGACAUCAGGAGGAAACUUUCUUCUGUUGUCUUAUGAUAUAUUCUCCAGUAUCCUUCCAAUUCCAUCCUGUUGCAUCACAGGACAGACCACAUCCCAUUAACAAAUAUGCCAUAGGGGCCUUAUCUUCUCUCUCAUAUCCCAAGAUCCAAAACAUCAUCCAAGUCUCUCAAGUUUAGCAGUCAACUUGAAGACCUCAGCUUGCUUAAAUAUUCUAUCCAGGAAGAAGAUCUCAAAAGCAUACUGAAGCAAUUAGGGCAACAGAAGGAACAAAAAGGAAUUGAUUGCGGGUAGGUAUGAGCAUUCAAAGCUAUAGAUCCUUAUGGAGAGGAUAUGAGAUCUUGGAUGGAAAAUGGAAUGCAGGACAUAUUAAAGAGUGUUCUCCCCCACUGCAUUCACUCCAUGUCUGUUUGAAUUUUAGACUACUGUUAAGAUUAAUAUUCAUCCUCUGAAGCACCAGACCCCUACAACCUUAGCUCAUUAAUAUUCCCCUUAGUAAACACCUUAUAUGUGUAUGGUACUUUAAAGUUUUCAAGUCAACCAUGUACACAUUUUAUGUCAUUUGAUGUUCACAACACCCCAUGGUCUAGCAGGGACAGAUGGUACCCUCAUCAUUACUGCAGCCACGGAAAACAAGUCUUAGAAGGAUGAGCAACCAUACUCUAGGUCACUCAGCUAAGAUGAUGGUGGAGCUGAGAUGAGAAGGCAGGACUCCUGAGUCUUUCCAAAUUCCACCCUCUACACUUCUAGCUUCAGCCUAGUGUGGCUAAGAGGAUAUAAAGCAGAGAUUCUUAACAGUUUUUAGUGAUGUGGUGGUUUGAAGCUGUAUGUACCCCAGAAAACAUGAUCUUACAUUAAAUCCACUCCUGUUGGUGUGAAACCAUUGUAAGUAGGACCUUUUGAUGAGGCUACUUCGUUAAGGUGUGGCCCAACUCCGUCAGGAUGUGUGUUAAUCCUAUAACUAGAGUCCUUCAUAAGGGAAUGAAAUUCAGACACAGAGAGAAAGCCACAGAAGUAAGAAGCUGAAAACAAUGAAACCGGGAAGAGAA